AUGAGUAAAAUAAAAACACGGAAUACAACAAGAAGACGACAUACAAACUCAAAGUUGGGAUGCCAGAAUUGUAAGAGGAAGAAAAUAAGAUGUGACGAACAGCUUCCCCAAUGUGGCAACUGUAUUCGAGGUAAAAGAGAUACAUGUUCAUAUUUAAAUUUAAGCCCAGCGGAAAUAGAGAAGAUAAGGUUAACCCAUUCAUUAAGAGAUAGUCAGAAUAAAUUAUUGAAUCAGAAUUAUAGGUUACCUACUUCAACUACAAAGGGUCAAACUUCACAGAAUUAUAAAUUGUCUGAUACUAUUCUAGAAAUUAAGUUUGAAUUGGCAGAUUUACCUAUAAGGAUCCCAUCGAUACCUUAUCCACCAUUACAAUUUAAUAACCUUUCUGUUGAUGACUUUUCCGACGAGUUUCAUGUGAUAACAGAAAGCGAAUGUGCCUCUUCCACGAAAUCAACUCCUUUUCAGCCAAAGAAAUGCAACAAAUUACCAAAUGCUAUAGAGCAGGUACAUGUCUUCCAUCCGCUUCGAAAUAUAUUUUGCAAGAAGAUAAACGUUGAACCCCAUUCUGGGGCAGAGUUGACGUAUCAUGGAGUAAGUGGGAAAGUAUCAAUUUUUGAUUUCUUGUGUAACUGCUUAAUGCGUUUACCAGCCAGGGUGGAUGAAAAUGAUUAUAUACUUAUCCAAGCUUAUCUAUGUCUUGGUGAGGCAGUAUUGCUAAAUACAUUCCAUCAAAGAAUGAAGUAUUCCAAGUCCAGUGAUAACCUGUUUGUGAGUUUUUUAGACAAGAAUUGGCUAGAAAGACAUGGCCAUUGUCAGCGAAAUCUCAGAUCUGCACUUGCUGAUUUUGAUAAAAUUAGUAUGUCAUUAAGUCCGCAACGUAUGGCUCACCUUGGGGAGAUUUAUUCCUUUUCUAGUUAUCUAUUGAGUUUUGCUAUUUUAAUGAUGAAGUUUGGUGCGCAAAGUUAUUUCAAUUCAUCCAAAGGAGUAUGCGCAUGUUUUGAUGUGUAUUCAAGAUAUAUAAUACGUAAUAACUUGCGACCCAUAUCAAUUGUUGGAUUCUUGUUAAAUAAUUUACAGACCAAUCUUGUUUCAAUUAGUCUCCCUUCAUACAAUCCACAAUUUUUAUUUGAAAUAGAGUCGAAUUUAAGAAGUUUGGAAUUUAUAUUUGCUAGUCCACUUACCUUUGGAAAAGAUUCGAUAGAUGAAAGAUUUAGAAAGAUAGAAUUUGAAUAUAAAAGUUUAAUGAAGUUCUUUUCUGACGUUUUAUUGCCAAUUAUAUUUCUGUCAAGAAAUGAAAAUGUCGUUUGUUCAUAUCCCCCAUUGGUUAUAUAUGAGGUCUUUAGGCAAUGGCAUACAAUAAUCCCUUCUGAAGCAAUGGCAUAUAAACCUAAAUGGGAUAGUGAUUAUCCCAAAGAAUCUUCAUUUUUGAAUGAUUUAUCAACCACACUUUAUAUGUAUUAUUAUGCAAUGGCAGCUGCAUUGGAUGCUGUGUUCCCAGCGUGCAAAUAUUUAUACAGUAUGAGUUUUAUGUUUCCUACAAAUAAAUUCUUCAUUAAUAGAAGUGUCAUGACAAUUAAUAAACAGAACCUGUAUAUGCAAAGGUUGUACAAGUAUAGAAUUGAUGAAACUGUGCAGAGACAUAUUUAUUACGCCUCAAGAGUAUUUGCAUUUUUCAGGAGGAGAUUUGUAUUUUAUCACAACAAUAUAAUCUGGUCAAACCCAUACAAUGAAUCUCUUGUGCAAAACAGGUUUCAAUCAAGAGUUAUAGCCACCGACUUGGAAGUACCAAUUAAAAGCUUUAAUACUACCUUAAUUAGACCAGAGCAUUAUCCAACUAAGAAUGAUAGUAAUCCUAAUAACGUGAACAAUCUUGAGUUCAUUCGAGAAGAUGAUACAAUGACGAAGAAAUUAUAUGCAAGGAAUAUCGAAACGCUUUCAUUCUUUGAUGAAUCGUCAAUCUUACAAUAUGAUUUUGAAACGAUGCUAUUAUUACGUGAUUAUAGACCGUUAGAUGUAUUUCCUAGAAAGCGUAGAGCGUUGGAAGUAGAAGACAUAACUCAAUAUUAUGAGGAUAGGUUCUUUAUACUAAGUACCAUAACCUAG